UCACACGUUUGAACUCUCUGCUUCUCUCACUCACAUGUCACCCAUACACUUCACCAUUCCUUGAUUCAUUUCCAUCGACCCGACCCGAAACAGCCAAAUGGCGGCUUACAGAGCGGACGACGACUACGAUUACCUAUUCAAAGUGGUUUUGAUUGGCGAUUCGGGUGUGGGCAAAUCCAAUUUGCUAUCCAGAUUCACCCGGAACGAGUUCAGUCUAGAGUCCAAAUCAACUAUAGGAGUCGAAUUCGCCACCCGGAGUAUUCGAGUCGACGACAAGAUUGUCAAGGCUCAGAUUUGGGACACCGCUGGCCAGGAAAGAUACCGAGCUAUCACAAGUGCAUACUACAGAGGAGCUGUUGGUGCAUUGCUUGUCUAUGAUGUUACAAGACAUAUCACAUUUGAGAAUGUUGAGAGAUGGUUAAAGGAAUUGCGGGCUCACACAGAUGCCAAUAUUGUCAUUAUGCUUGUAGGUAACAAGGCAGACUUACGUCAUUUGCGUGCUGUUUCCAUGGAGGAUGCUACGGCCUUCGCUGAGAGGGAAAACACAUUCUUUAUAGAGACAUCAGCUCUUGAGUCUUUGAAUGUUGAAAAGGCAUUCACUGAAGUGCUAACCCAAAUUCAUAAUGUAGUCAGCCGGAAAGCACUUGAUAUAGGGGAUGACCCUGCAGCCUUGCCUAAGGGACAAACCAUUAAUGUUGGAGGCAAGGAUGACGUCUCGGCUGUUAAGAAAGUUGGUUGCUGCAAUGUUUGAAUGCAAGCUGUGAUGAUUUAGAAGAGGAUCUAAUUUAAACUUCUCCCCAUUUCUGUCGCAGUUUUGAGAGUUUCACAUGUCACAACAUGGUCCCUUCCGAACUUAUGGCUGUACUACUAUGCUUAAGCUUCUAUGAGCUUGAUUAAUGGUUCGGAGUAAAGAAUUGCCUCAACACCUCAUCUGGAUAUCAAUUUUGCAUCUCGUUACUUCAAGCUUUUCCUUGUCAUGUAUUGUUUAAUUUUUUGCUAUUGUAGUUUUAAUUGUACUUCCUUUGCUCUAGAAUAGAAAGUGUUUUUGGAUCAAUUUGCCUUUGUAUUUGACUGCUAUUGAAUGAUUUCUUCAGUUUUCAUAAGAAAAAAGAAACAAAUUAGCCUCAAAGAAAUGCUGCUUCUGUUGAUUACAA